GUCUUGAUCAAGAAAGGGAAAGGCAAGGAAAAGAGAAAAAGAGAAAAAGAGCCCAGAGUCAAAAUGAAGCUCUCAGCUGUCGCCAUCUCGCCCCUCCUGGCCGGCCUGGCCGCGGCAUCCCCCGCCUCCAGCCCACUCGAAUCCCGGCAGGCAUGCCCAAACGUGCACGUUUUCGGCGCUAGGGAGACGACGGUCCCUCAGGGGUACGGCACGUCGCAGGGCCUCGUCAACAUGGUCCUUCAGGCGUACCCCGGCGCAACGUCCGAGGCCAUUGUGUACCCGGCCUGUGGAGGUCAGAGCCAGUGCGGAGGUGUCAGCUACGACAACUCGGCCAGCCAAGGUACGGCCGCCGUGGUCAAGGCUGUCACUAGCUUUAACAGCCGCUGCCCCAACACCAAGCUCGUCGUCAUUGGGUACUCGCAGGGAGGCCAGAUCUUUGACAAUGCCCUCUGCGGCGGUGCUGGGGCUACCCUUGGCGGCAACGCACUCGCCGCGGUCAAGGCGGCCAUCUUCAUGGGCGACCCCCACAACCAGAACGGGCUUCCGUACAACGUCGGCACAUGCCGUGCGGGUGGGUUCGCGGCCCGUCCCAGCGGGUUCCGGUGCUCGCCGGCCAACCCGUCCAUCAUCCAGUCUUACUGCGACUCGACCGACCCUUACUGCUGCAACGGCAACGACGCCAACUCGCACCAGCAGUACGUCAACAAGUACGGCACGCAGGCCCUCAACUUUAUCAAGAGCAAGCUGGGUUGAACGCAAGUUUUGUGGGUUGGACAGACAUUAACUCGUACCAGCGGCAAAAAAGUGCAAGGAUGGCCAUGGUGGGCUUUACAAUUUACAUUCGCUUUGUAAAUACUUCAACACUGCUUUUACUUUUCUCAUGUUGACUUGUACCG